AUGUGGACAAGCAGGACACAGGCAUACUUGGGGUCACCAUGCCAAAACUCACCAAAAUGUGUUCACUGCAAACAAAAACAUGAAACAUUCCCUAAGGACUGCGCUAAAUUUUUGCUUAAAAAAAGUAUCAUUAAAAAGAAAAUAGAAUGCAACAUUCCAUACAAUCAGGCUAAGGCACAAAUCUCACAAAAUCAAAACCUCUAUACUCUCAAAUUGUGGAAAAAACAGUUUAAAAUAAUAAUGAUUAUGAAGUUUUUCCCUCUAAGCAUAUCACAGAUUAAAAUGCUGAUGGCAUUCAAAUUUUUCAGUGGAACCAUAAAGGGGUGA